GGCUUGCGCGUGAGCUUCGACCUGGACGCGUGUGUAGUCCACGACGUCGUGCCGUACGCGGAGGUCUACGGCGUGCAUCCCCGCGACUUCGUGUUCGGCCGCAGGUACUACAUCCUUCGGACAGCGAGCCCUCGGACAGCGAGCUCGAGUAGGGCGAGGACCAGGCGCCGGCGGCCGCGUGAGGGCGAGGCGAUGCUACAGGCCAUGCAUGCAGAGGCACGCACAGGAGCCGGGCCUCCCGCGGGGGGGCACCCCCGCGGGGCACCUCGCCGGCCGCCGGCCACCGCCCUCCUCGCCCGCGCCGGGCCGUCGCCUGGCGGCGCGCCGCGCGUCCUCUCUGCCCUCGUGUGCUUCUCUGCCCUCCCAGUGGUCGUCCCGCUUUUAAGCAGGGGUGGCAGUGUAAUUCGUCGAUGGGGCUCGCCAGAGCCAUCCAACGUUGCUCCUGCGCGUUUGUCGUUUGUGCUAAAGGCGCAAUGCAUGCAGAAGUCGUCUCUCUCGCCCUCGACAACGCGCUCCUGA